AUGAAUAUAACAGCGUCCUACUCCUCAGAACAUUCAUGGAGCAGGCGAUGUUCAACAGAGACUAUUUUCAGUAUUCAAGGAAAGGAAACUGAUUUUGUCCGCGAUACGAGCGACACAGAGUUCGGCAGCGAUGCGGACAGGGAAUUCGAACCGGUCACUGAGCCAGAAGUCGAAGGCCUGCUCUCCGGGGCUUCAUCUGGACAUAGCGAUAGCGAAAUAAUAUCGACGAAGGUAAUCGAGGUGUCGGUGGGCGACGACGGUGAGUUGCAGCUGGCGGACUCGGAGGAAACGACCAACGACGGCAGUGACACGGAGAUCGACCUGCACGACUACUGGCUCUGCGCGCAGUGCCGAGCCGAGAACAACAACCCCCUCUACCGAUACUGCCAGAAAUGCUUCAAGGUACGUAAAGACUUCUUCCCGCCGAGACCGAAGCGAAAAACCCGGCGUCACAACCGUUUCGAAACGAAUACUUCGCGACCGCGUUCCCAACAGUCCGAUUCGGCGCCGGAACCCGCUCCGGACUCGCUGCCUGAGCCGCCUUCUCGAGCGGACCAGGCAAACGCUCCGGAGCGGGUUCCGCGAACCCUCUCCCAGGAUUCUGGGGUCGAAUCGGCGUUUAACAGCCAGGAAUUAAGCCAAGAUACCGCCAAAAGUGAUAGUUUAAAUGUGAUACUAGGUAGGAAAUUAAAGCGGCGCGCGGAGUCCGCCGAUCGAAAUGAAAAGAGAGUCAAAAUAGGUUAUUCGGAGUCCGAUUCGGAUUCGGAUACGGAUAAAUCAGAUGAGGUCAAGCCCAUAGUUAAAACCGUGAGCGACCCCGCUCUGACCGUAGACAGCAUCGACGUAGCUCUAUCGAAGAAAGCUCUCGUGAAUACUUUGAAAGAGAAGCUGGAAGCGAAAGACGAUCUGUGCAUCGUUUGCUAUUCGGAGCCGAAGUCCGGCGUGUUCGUGCACGGUCGGAUCGCGCACAUAUGCUGCUGCUACAAAUGCGCAGUGAAGGUCUGGGCCAAAGCCAAGAGGUGUCCCAUUUGCAAUUGCAAAGUCAGCAACGUCUUGAAAGCGGUCGUUAUGUAA